GCCGUUGAUACGAAAUUGGACUCAGGUUCAGGGUUUUUCUAUUAUUAUAACCCUCGCACCUGAAUAGAGGGCUACCCUAGAAGCUUUCUCGUCUUGCAUACGCGCAGCCACAUUCCCUCCGACGACGAACCCAUGUCUUCCUUGGCCAGCAAGUUUUCUGAAGCUGAGAUAGGAGUGUUCUGGGAUCUUGAUGAUUGCCCAAUCCCUAGUGAUCAAACACCUGCUUCCAUCUAUGCUAAUAUCAAAUUAGCUCUGAAGAAUAUUGGCUACAAUGGUAGGAUUACCAUGUACGCUUAUUCUCUUGGAGAGCAGAAGAAUGAAGACUUUGAAUCAAUUAAUAUCAAGCUUAUCGAGCGAGAUUCUAGCAGAUCAAAGAUGAAAGUGAUGUUCAAAGAUGUUUAUAUGUGGGGUAUCCUUCACAGAGAUGAACCAACAAAUCUGAUGGUGAUCUCGGACAUCUCAGAACAGGUCAACAUUGUUGAAGCUCUUGAACAUUUGAGCCAGAAGGAGAAUAAUAUUCUCUUGGCCUCUCCUCAGAACCUGUCCGAAGAAGUAAUUCCUGGAAGCUCGGUUUGGCUCUGGGCCCUGCUAUCAACUGGAGGUAGCCCUAUCAACAAUCAGCUUGGACAGGUUGCUACCCCUUCUCCAUCUUGUCUUUCUUGUGCUAAGAGAAGACAGAAACGUCAGCUCAAACGUCAGCUCAAGAAGCGUAAGCUCAGCAACCCUGAGCACUAGUCAUUUGGAUAGAGCUGUAGUUUAUCUAAUUUUCUUUUGGGAUGUUUGUUUAAUUGUUAUUGCACGGUUGCUACCAUUCGUAUGGAUAUUUUCUUUUGUAAGAAAUGCUUUGGUCUCCAAAUAUUAACAAAUAAUUGGACUUCGCUAGAA